GGACUGAACUCUGCUGAACCUGAAGCAGGUCUGGAAUGCAUCUAACACUCUUCACCCACUGGACAGCUUUCUACAAGAUACAACUUUCUAUCAACAAACAACAGGUGAAUUUUUAACCAGGGGAGUUACAGCUAACUAAAGGAACCAUGAACUCCACUUUUAAACCAGAAACAGGCAACAACUCAACAUGCGUUAACAUUGGAGAGAGUGUUGUCAGUGACUUGCUGAUGUCUGUUUACAUACUGGCCUUUGUUUUUGGUUUGAUCUUCAAUGUACUGACCCUGGGCCCCAUCAUUGAACAAGUGAGACAAAAAAAUGUCCUGGGAAUCUUCCUGCUCAACCUGUCUAUCUCUGACAUCCUUUUCAUCAUCACUAUGCCCCUUUGGAUAAAUUAUUACCGUUUUAACCACCGCUGGAUGCUAGGUUCUGGGUCCUGCAGUGUAGCUGGCUUUGUCUACUACUCUAAUAUGUAUAUCAGCAUCUACCUGCUUUGCUGUAUCUCUGUGGACCGCUGUCUGGUGGUCAGUUAUCCACUCCGCUUCAAGACACACCGAACUUCUUGCUACGCCUGGAUGCAGUGUAUCGUAGUUUAUGUGGUAGUGGUGGUGAUGCACAUCAUAAUGCUGGUCCAUGAUAAUCUCACAGACGCCCAUGAUGAGAACAACAAUAAUGACCGUUGUUAUGAGACCUACCCCAUGGAGAAGCCUAUUGCUCUAUUCAACUUGCUCAGAGUAGGCUUGGGCUUCCUGCUACCCCUGCUAGUGCUGGCAGUGAGCUACUGGAGGGUGCUAGCCACUGUGGGCCAAAGUCCCGGCCUGAGCGCCCAGGUUAAGAGGAAGGUCCGUCUUCUCUCCUUUGGAGUCAUUGGGAUCUUCUCAGUUUGCUUUGCUCCAUAUCAUAUUCUUUUGCUCAUACGCUCACUAGUAUUUUAUAACAACAAUUUUGAUAAGAGUUACAAUGGGAGUUACUGCAAGUUUGAAGAACAAAUGCACUUCUUCUUCUCCUGUACGCUGGCACUGUCCAGUUUGAAUGCUGUGGUGGACCCAGUGCUGUAUGUGUUGGUGAGUAACGGAAUCUGGGAGCAGAUCAAACUAACCUGGAGAUGCCGCAGACGGACAGAACAAGAAGACUGUGCACUAACUGCUUACAAAAGAGGAAAAGCUGCCACUACUGCCACUACUAAUUUAAUAUGAAUAAUAAGCUAUAUGUGAUAGACAUGUGUACAAUUGGAUGUGUGUGAGUGUGUAUUGGCACAUUAUAGGAUUUUGCAUGGCAGCUUUUUUAAAUAAAGUCUUCCUCUCAUGAGUUAAGUAGCAGGAUUAUUUCCAUCCCACUUGUGUAUGUUGUUUUGUGUAUGUAUAAAAGGCAAUCUUUGUGGUUACAUUUGUAAGUUAUAUCGUGCACAGUGUAAGGAGGAAGCUGAAUAAUGUAUGCAUCUCAGUCCUGGUUAAUGUGAUAUUAGUCUCGGAUUCUGCUCUCCCACGAGUUCUUCAGUGUAAGCCACUUCUGGUUUUGUUGUUAGACUCUGUUGCCACAACUGAAGAGCCCUUGUAUUUUUUUUUGUCCAAUCUAUGCAAUCAUAGCGUGACUGAGCAACCCUGAUAUAGUUAAAUAUGCAUUACCUCCAAUGCAUGCCAUACAAAGCCUUUGUUAGCAUAACUU